AUGGCUUCAAAGCCUGCCUUAAUAUCAUUCCUCAGCCUUAAAGUCCUUGUCCUAUCAUUUUCUUCUUGUUUGGCUUUCAAAGAAGAGAAACUUGUCUUUUACAUGCAUGACAUUUUGACUGGAAAGAACAUUACAGGCGUUGUAGUUGCAGCAGUGAAGGGAUUAUCUUUAAGUGAAAACUUUGGGACAGUAAUUGUUAUAGAUGAUCUUGUAACUGAAGGUCCAGAGCCCUCCUCCAAGACUAUUGCAAGGGCCAAAGGACUUUAUGUUAUUUCAGAUCUGAGAGGAACUAAUUUUGAUCUGCAUUUCUCUGUGGUGUUUGUGAACAUGAAAUAUAAUGGCAGCACCCUUGAGAUCCAGGGAGCAGAUAGAUAUCUUCAGAAGAAAAGAGAGGUUUCUGUUGUUGGAGGGACUGGGCAGUUCAGAUAUGCUCGUGGGUAUGCUAUAAUUGAAACUGUUAAGUUGGAAGGUGUCAAUGCUAUUUUGAAAUUUAGUGUAAAUAUACGAUUAGACUAG